AUCUUUCCCCAUUAAAUAACUAAAUAUAAGCGUGUUGGGAAUGACAAGGGGAAUAUGACUAAUUCGCCCACCAUGGUUUCAGAUCUGUCUGGCAAUAUAUGACCCCAGUAAUACGAUGUAUUACGCUUCAGGAAGGUCAUCGGUUACGGAGUACAUACAUAACCUAUUCUACUGUAGACGCCAAACUGUCACCAGCCCUGUAAGGGAAGGUUGUCGCCUCCGGUAGGUAGGUUAAGUAAGUUAUUAGUAUUACUGCUUCCUUCCACGACUCGAUUCCACCAGUUUGCCCAGUCUAUCUAACCUACCAAACACCCCCCCAUCUCCCAUCUCUUUCCGUCUCUGUUCGUUCUUUCGCAAUCGAAACGGUGUUUAUUCAACUCGUUGAGUUGUAUUGUUCCCCCUCUUGUUUUACAAUUUAUUCUUCAUCCUCGUUCUCAUUGUUAGGCUAUAUCGCUUAAUCCCUCCAUCGGCAAUAUUACUAACUAAUCGUUACGUGCCGCCACUGUCGUCCCGAAUCCGUUACGGUUCCGCAGACAGUCCAAAGCGGGACAACAUCCGAGGGUGGACACUCACUCCUUGUGUGAAUCCCGCCCAAAGCCGCUUUCGAGGAUUCAUUCCUUCAUGCUUGGGCCGUCAGAGACGCUCAGUCCUCCUCCUCUUCACUACUCUCCUUCCGUCGGCGAUCACGAUCGCGCCUCUUCUCGGAACUCGACCCCUGUUACCACUCCACUCGGGUUUGGUGAACCAUCGCGCAGGGAAAAGGUCUCUGAUCGUUCGUGGUCUCGUAACCCCCUCGAUCUCUCCGACAACCAUUCAUCCUACUUCGACCCUACUACGCAGCUAUACUCGCAAUAUCAGGACGACUACGAUUUCCCUCUUUUCCCCUCGCCCCCUUUGACCUCGGGCACGAUGAACAAUACAGCAGCUCCAAUUGAUAUCGCCACUCGCCAGACCUCCGUCUCUCCCCCGGGGCAACAGGCGUCCAAUUUGACCUCUGCUCUACAGAGAGCUGGAAAUGGCGAGCGGGCAGGUAGCUUGUCUCAUGCGGGCGGCGUUGGGAUCAAUAUAUUUAAAGCCCCACCACCGCGUAAAGACUCUAUCGGUGCAGCGACCGCACAGUGGGGUAACGGCUCGAAACCGAUUUCCAUGUCUGGAUCCAAUCGCGAUAAACAGCGCCGAGAGUCUUUGGCUGGAAGUUUAGUUGGCGGUAUGAGCUGGGGUGGCGUUUCUGUUGGUAGUUGGAUACGUGAUGAUAUUAUAAUGACCGGCACAUCGCCAUUUACUUUCCAGUCGCCUUCAUUUCACUCGUCUUCAUACCUCCCCAAGCUGGAAGCCAACUUCAUGCGAGAUUUCUCUUGUUGUGGUGUGACAUUACCUACCCUUCACGAUCUGCUACAACACUAUGAGGAAGCCCAUGCCACCAAAUCGCCCCACCAGGGACAUCGCCCAAGCCAAGCCGAUGGCCGAGCUGCUUUAGCUGCUGCAGCAAUGGCGCAUCAACAGAACCAGCAGAACAACAAUCAGAACCGUGGGCUACAGCCUGAGAACACUCAGCGCAAGUUGAAUCAGAGCCAGCCCUCUCAGCAGCACUCAGAUAUUGACGCAAUUGAUGAUAUGGAGUUGGAUGAGCCGAUGGGUGAUCACGAUUCAUCGUCGCAGCUGUUCUCACCUCAGCCACAAAAUGGCAACCAAGGAGGGUUCGGACAUUCAAAUCAAAGGGGGCCACACUUGAAUCUAUCAAUGCUUCCAGGGCAUCAGGGGUUCAAAAAUUCACAGCCCGGCACACCUGUGGCCUCCGGUCGCCCCCUGUCAUUACAGAACAACCCCACUGUUUCCUCGGUGAACACACCGACUUUGAUGUCGAAUCCCCUUCAGAACUCCCAAUUCCGAUCUACGCCCGAUUCUUCUACGCCAGGGACCCCGGCCGAACUUGACGAGAGCGUGCUUGGUGGUUUUGGUGACAUGGGGAUGCAGACUAACAACAUGAUGCAAGGCCAGGAGCAGUUUGCUCGUUUCGCUGCCAACAAUGACAUGGUGGACCUCUGCAUCGACGAGCCAGCCAAGCGCCUAUUUAGUCCCAGUGGAGGAAUCAGCACACCAAAUGCCCACUUCAAGCUGAGUGGGGCACAGUACGGUCCAAAUAGUGAGAUUGCCCGCCGCAUCAGAGAGCAGCAACUGUUGGCUGGUGUCCCUGACACCACCGCUCUGCUUCCUAAUGAAGAGCCGAAGCCCUUCCGUUGCCCGGUCAUUGGCUGCGAGAAGGCAUACAAAAACCAGAAUGGUCUGAAAUAUCACAAAGCUCAUGGACACAACAACCAACAAUUGCAUGAUAAUGCAGAUGGUACAUUUUCUAUUGUCAACCCAGAAACCUCGGCACCGUACCCUGGGACGCUCGGCAUGGAAAAAGAAAAACCAUACCGCUGCGAAGUAUGUGGCAAGCGUUACAAGAACUUGAACGGCCUCAAGUAUCACAAAUCGCAUUCUCCGCCGUGCAACCCCGACUUCCAACUGGCCGCGGGCCGCAACUUGGCUUUCGGCGGAGGAGUCAUGCAGGGACAGAAUAUUAAUGUUGCCGGGGCUGGUCUACCUGGUAUUGGCGAAGAGGGCCUCCUAUGAAAGGUUUUCUGAUCAUAUAAGUUGGAAAGAAAUUGCGUUUCUGUUAUAUUCAUUUUCACAUAAUUCGAUUCGACGAUUUUGACGGCUUCGUCGCGCGACAUACGACUUUAUGACCGGUUCGGUGGUUCGGAGUUACGUUUGGUAUGAACGUCCUGUCAAUCGCGGUUCUUUGGGGCGGCCGCGCUUUGAUCUGAUAAUGAACAAACAGUCAGUCCUUCUAGUGCCCUUCAAAGAUCUCCGUUGAGAGUC